AUGAUGAAGACUAGAGCUCUAAAAAAGAAGAACGAAGAUUCAAUGAAUGAGGAGACUGAGGAAAGCAAAUAUAUUCAUGCUCUACCUUUCCCCCAUAAGCCAAGAAGAGAGAAGCUGGACAAACAAUUUGAGAAUCUUCUAGAAGUGCUCCAGCAGGUGCAUGUUAAUCUACCUUUCACAGAGGUACUCUCACAAAUGCCAUCAUAUGCCAUGUUCUUGAGGGAGAUAUUGUCCAGCAAGCAAAAAGUGGAAGAUACUUUGGUUGUCAAGCUCACAGAGCAUUGUAGUGCGAUUUUGCAAAAUAAGCUCCCUCGAAAGCGUGGAAAUCUAGGAAGUUUCACUAUACCUCGCUCUCUAGGAAGUACAAACUUUGAAAAAUCUUUGUUUGAUUCAGGUGUUUCUAUUAAUCUUAUGCCCUUGCCUAUUUUCAAAAAACUUGAGAAAGAAAUUGGAGCAAUCAGAUCUGCACCUGCGUCUUUGCAGCUGGCGAAUCAGGCCAUAAUAAUACCCGAAGGAACAAUGAAAGAUGUGCAAGUUUAG